AUGGUGCGCGGUUGGACAGUACUUUCCAUCGGCCUGUGGUGCCUUCUCAGUGGCGCAGAACAAUGGGUGUCGGCCGAUAGGCCUCCGCACAAGAGCAGCGGGAUUUAUGAGGAAGAGAUCGCCCCAAGCGUAGUCGAGUCAACGGCGUCUAUUGUGCCAGCGCAGGACGUAGACGAAUCCUACCGACUGCCCAAAACGUCGCAGCCCAUACAUUAUGAUUUACAAUUGACCACAGAAAUUCACCGCAACGAGCGGACGUUUCUCGGGUCCGUCGCUAUUACACUGCAAGUGCUGGAAGUGACCGACCAGAUAGUUCUGCACAAUGUGGGUUUAGUGAUUUCUACGGCUACAAUUUCGUCGUUACCGGACGGAGUAGGCGGUGCUCCAGUGGUGAUCGGGGCUGUCGUCCCUGUGACGGACACACGAGUAGCCCAUCUUCAGCUCACCGCUCCUAGAACCCUUCAGCCAGGAUUUUAUCUGCUAGAGAUCGCGUACACAGGACGUUUAUCGACGAACGACGAUGGAUUUUACGUUUCUUCGUACGUGGACGACCAGGGAGAGCGCAGAUAUCUGGCAACGACGCAGUUCGAAUCAACCAGCGCACGCAGAGCGUUCCCGUGCUACGACGAACCUUCCCUGAAGGCUACCUUCGCCAUCACCAUUAUAAAUGGGGCAUUCUACACCGCCAUCUCGAACAUGCCCAGCGUGUCCUCGAACGUUGAUGGAGAUAUGCGUACGACAAAGUUCGAAACUACGCCCGUGAUGUCGACUUAUUUGCUGGCAUUCGUCGUAUCCGACUUCUUGUUCCGCACUCAAGGAACACAGCGCGUCUUCGUUCGAGAGAAUGCGUUCAACGAGGCCACUCUCGCACUGGAAGCAGGCAACAAAAUUCUCGCUGCCCUCGACACCCAUCUUGGAAUUACGUACGCGCAGUACAUGCCGAAGAUGGACCAAAUCGCGAUUCCCGACUUUGCGGCAGGAGCGAUGGAAAAUUGGGGUCUAGUCACGUACAGGGAACAAUAUUUAUUGUUUAACCCGGAUGUGAGCACUUAUCGCACGAAAACAAACAUCGUGACAACCAUAGCGCAUGAGUUCGCCCAUCAAUGGUUCGGCGAUCUGGUAAGUCCCGCGUGGUGGGAAUUCCUUUGGCUGAACGAAGGGUUCGCAACGCUCUACGAGUAUUACGCAACAGAGCUGGCAUACCCGGGCGAGCAUUACUGGGAGCUGUUCACCACGCAAGUCAUACAGGCCGCCAUGGUGCCGGAUGGUCUGCAGAGCACAAGGCCCAUGAACUGGAAUGCCGGUACACCGGCCGAAAUAUCGGCCCUGUUCGAUCGCGUUGCCUAUCCUAAGUCCGGCAGCGUGUUGAACAUGAUGCGCCAUGUUCUCGGCGAAAAUAACUGGACUGCAGGUCUGCGAUCGUAUUUGAACAGCCGGGCGUUGAACGUUGCGACGGAUGAGGACCUGUACGAGGGGCUACAAUCGGCGAUCCAAGGCCAAGGAGUAUUGCCGGCCGAUGUGACCGUACGUCAGAUCAUGCGGACUUGGACGACCGAGCCAGGAUAUCCGGUGCUGAGCGUGCGCCGCUCGUACGACACCGGCGAGUUGAUCAUCUCACAGGAACGUUUCUAUUCCGACCGCAAAGUACCGAACACGAACAUCUGGAUGAUUCCGUACAACUUUGCAAGCCAGUCGCAGCCCGAUUUUACCAAUAUAAACUUUGAGUGGCUGGCGACAAAGGCUGCGCGAUUCACGAGCACCGUUCCGCCGACCGAGUGGAUCAUUUUCAACAAACAGCAGGUCGGCUACUAUCGCGUCAAUUAUGACGAACAAAACUGGCUGCUGAUCACGAACGAACUGGUUACGAACCACAACAGCAUCCAUCGACUGAAUCGUGCCCAGCUGAUCGAUGAUGCGUAUUGGUUGGCACGCUCUGAUCGGUUGGAUUUACGCAUAAUGUGGCGCCUGAUGACGUACCUGCGCAACGAGUUGGAUUACUCGCCCUGGGCGGCGGCUGAUGUCGCUCUGACUUACUACAACAACCGGCUCCGGGGCACCGACGCUUAUGGAGACUUCUCCACGUUCGUGGGCCUCCUUAUUGAGUCGGUGUACGGCACGCUAGCCAUCAACUCGGUGGCGGUCGAUGAAACACUGCUAGAUAAAUAUCUGAAGCAGACGAUCUCGAGCUGGGCCUGCCGCCUCGAGCACGAAGACUGUCUGUCCCGAACCAAGGCACUGCUCGCGGUCGAGGCCAACGGGGGAGUUGCAGUCCAUCCGGACAUUGCUGCUGUGACCUAUUGCUAUGGCAUGCGCACGGCCGGAGAAGCCGAGUACCGGUACCUAUACCGCAAGAUGAUGGACUCGAAAAAUCUAGCCGAACGAACCGUUCUGAUCGAUUCGUUGGGAUGCUCCUGGAACAAGGAGUACCUGGUGGCGCUUCUCGAGACGGCGCUCGGUAAUGUCGAGAUUAACUACCGCACGGACGAACGCCAGCGCAUCGUCCAGGCUGUCUACUCUGGCAGCCGUGUCGGUGUCGACACGCUAAUUGAUUUCCUGAUGGACGCGACCAUCGUUAAUGAGUUCGUGAAUACCCUGACUCUGAACACCCUCAACUCUGCCCUGUCCGGUAUAGCAAGCCGUACCAAUAACGCCGAGGAACAGGCCAAACUCGAGGCUCUCAUCGUUGCACUCGGAUCGCGAAUCUCGGACACAACAGCCACCAACUUGCGCAACUCGGCACAGUCCAACCUGGACUGGCUGGAUGGUUUCCAAGGGCUGAUGGUGACAGAAUUCUUGACGGAGUACAUGAAAGAGUUGCAAACUACGACAACGGAGGCCCCCAGCACCACCACCACUACCGUGGCCAGCACCACUACCGUUGCCCCCACCACUACUGUGGCCUCCACCACUACCGUGGCCCCCACCACUACCGAUCCUGGAACAACCGUAACGGCUGCUCCUGAUACAACCACCGAAGAGGUCACUACUACCACUGCCGAAGCCACUACAGAGAGUAGUACGUCCACUUCCACUGAAAGUGUUACUAUCACCACAACCCUGGCAACGUCAACGACUACAGAAGGGGCAGCGAUGAUCCAUGGCGUUUCCAUGGCGGCUGUGCUCCUUGCCAUCGGUCUUGUCUUGCUGCAGUGACGGUAGCAUUCCGUAUUCCGUCCCUGGCACGAGAAACGG